UUACAGACUCAAUAGAAUAAAUAACAAUCAUGCAAUGUUCCUUCAACUGUGUGUCGUAUUAUUUUUGAUUAAUGUUAUCGUAAAAGCUUGUGGUAAUGAGUGUACUUGCGUGUCCGGGUACCUUAGAGACGAAAAGUCAAAAUUGAGCACCCCCGAAGCCUUUAGGUUUUAUAAUAUUACGCCGUACCAUUUGCCCGUCCCACCGGUAGAUCAACUUAAGGAUGAAUUCAUAACUGCUAAUGUUGAAUUGGGAAGCUUUAUACCGCCCCAAAGAAUUAUUGACCCAGAUUUUAUACGCUAUCCUCAAGCAAAGGAAGGUGUAAAGUAUACAUUGAUUUUACUGGAUUUCGACGGAUUUCAAUCAAAAGAUAUGAAAGGUUACACCUUAUACGCCUUGGUUGUGAAUGUUCAGAAAGUAGAUAAUAUCUUUCUGGCUGGAGAUAUGGUAGCUCCCUUCUUCCCUCAUGCACCGUCUUUAGGAAGUGGAAUACAUCGCCUAGGUGCCUUGUUAUACGAGCAGAACGGACGCAUUGAACCUACCAAUCCAGACAUGUUGAAAAUUGCCAUAAGUCGUGUUAUCCCAGUACCAGAGGAGCUCGCGAAGAUGUUUGAACUGGGUGAACCAGUUGCUGGGACCUUUUUCAGGACGGAGCUCAAAUAUUGUAGCAAUUAAUAUGAAGUACUGUAAUAAUCCUGCAAUUGUUUUGUUUCUUUCAUAGUUCUUUUCUAAAUUGAUGUAUUUAUUGAUGAAUUUGAAUAUGUAUCAUGUACUUAAGUUAGUCGUAGCAGUUGCUUGGAGGCGUCGGGUGCCAUUUUCAUCAUUCACACACAUACAAGUAAAUAUAUGCACCUACACACACGUAUAUAUUUAAAAUAAAAUAUCGUGUAUUUGUGUA